AUGCUUGAGUUCUUCUACUGUUGUGUGAAGGAUUUUCCAUAUGAUGACGACCCAUUGCCUGGCUUGCUUGCUGAUGAGCGAAAUUUGGACUUCCCCCUUGAAAAGGCCAGUGGGCUGUAUUUGCAAGUGCAAGUAGAAGUGGCAAAGACUAUGCUCAAGUGCGCGGCCCGGGGAAAGGCCGACCUUCUCGAUUUCGAGGCCGUCGACCCUUACAAAUUGCUAUGCGGAAAGCCUCCAAAUGUGGACGAGUUUCACAAGGAGCUCAGUGGUCUUCCGGAACCUGUGCUAUGUGACGAAUUUCUGGAAGAUCUCAUUGAUGAACACAAAGCACGAAUCGAAAGUAGGAAAAAUGAAAGCCAGAAGGAAGGGUCGGAAUGGCCGCUUCAAGGCAGCGCAAGAAUAUCAGACAUUUACGAGAAGGAGCUGGAGUUCUACCGGACCGCCGGCCCUGUUGAGUUUGUCGAAAGUGAAGGGGGGGGCUACACCUGGAAGUGGCGCCAGCCAGCCAACACUUUUUGGGACGAAAGGCGCAAGGUCUACGUCCAGGAGCUAAAGGGUGUCGAUCCCAAUCUGCAGCUGAAAGAACUGCGGCAGCACAUGUUGGACAUUACACCCAUGAGAAGCAUGUGCAGUGUGGGCAAAGUGAGAUAUUUUCGUGGAAUUGUGGUUGUCGGCAACGGCAAGGGCGUGUAUGGCUUUGGAAUAGGCUUUGGUUCUACGCCGAAAGAGUGUCGAUCUGAUUCGACGCUGAAGGCAUUGCAGAAUUUGGACUACAUUGACUAUGACCCAGGGCGAAUGCUUUGCACACCAUGUAGAGGCAUGGAAUACAAGCACACCAUGAAGCUCAUUCCGCGUCCAAUUGGUCGCGGGCUCAAGGUCUUGCUGGCCUUCGCGUCCUUCGUGCCAUUGCCCGUUCCGGCCUGGCUCCACUGUGUACUCCGCAUGACGUCAGCUGAUCGCAAGUUGCCUUUUUAUCGUGAUGAUGAGAUCGUUGUUGAUUCAUCAGGGAUCCCACAUUUCACCGGUGCAGUUCCAGCAUUGUUCAAAGAGAAUAGAUGCGUACAAGCGAGUGUUCACAGCCCUAGCUGGCAUGAGAAAGAAGUGAUCAUCCGCAAGACAGAAGCAUUUGAACGAUUCUUUGAUCGAAGUCAUCGCCGCAAAGGUCAGGACAUGGCUGGCUACAUUCGUGGGAAGCGGCAGAACUGGCGUGAUCUGAAAGAUUUGGAUGAUGCUUCGAACAUGUCUGAGGAUUUGCAAGCCUAUUUCUUGUUGCGAGGUGCCAACCUUAGCCGUGAAGAUCGUCGUGCCAUUCUGCUGGCCAACAAGUCAUCAUAUACACAAGCGGGCAUUGAGACAGCGUUGAAGAUUUCGUAUCAUGACCUCCAUGAACGAGAGAAGUCCCGUGGUUUUGAUGAGAGUCGAUAUGUUGGUCGUCGCAAGGGUGGCAAAGGCAAGGGAAAGAAGUUCUACAGCAAUUGGGUUGAUGAAGAUGAGCAGCCGUUCAUUGAAGAGUGGCUGGAUGAUACAGUUGAGGAUGAGCCGGAAACUCAGCCUGAAUAUGCUGCAGAAGCCUAUGCCGCUAUGGAGAAGCAGAAGAAGAGCUAUCAUGAUCAGCGGCAAAAGUUGAAGAAUCUGCAGAAGAAUCGUGGUUUCUUCCGUGGAGAGUUCACAUGGGAGGAACGCAAGAAGGCCAUCUCCAAGGAGAAAGAGCGGACACGUUGCAGUGCGUGUCAUCGUAUUGGCCAUUGGGCCGGAGAUCCCAAAUGUCCUCGUUCAGGAGGUGAUGCAUCCAAGAAGAACUGA